AAUGUUCAUAUUGCUGAUUCAUCUUAAAAGUAUGUUACAUGUACAUUUUUUCUCAAAGAGCUGCUUGUUAAAUGGUUACCAGCACAUCAUUGGUUACUACCAAUAUUGACUAUAUUAUAAAUUUAAAUGUCUUAAUAUUAUAAGGUAAGUAGUUUUUACUUCAUAGACCCCUUGAAUCCAUACUUUGAGAACCACUGACAUAGAGGAUAGGGACUAGGCUUGUCAUUUAAUUGACACAGGGAACUCCAGGGAAAGGGACCCUUUGUAAUUUAGCUAGAACCCUCCAAAAUUGCUCUUUGGUGUUCCAUAGUUGGACAAAGGUCGGGGUUACAGAGAGGGGAAGAAAUGAAACACAAGCAUCUAAGGAGUAACCAGCUAGGCAAAUACAGAGUAGAUGAAAGUCAGUUUAUCAAAAAAUGGGAAGAACAACACAUCCCCAUACCCAGCCCCUGCUCCCAGUGUUUUUAUAUGGUAAUGGAGGAAGUAUAUAAGAUAGAAUAGAUACAGGCCAUCUGAACAAGGAAAGUGAGAGCUGUUAAACUGGAAAAAAAUGCAGAACUAUUAGUUAGAAAAACCACACUUUAAUUAAGGAAAGGGGUUCAGUGCUUUCCUCUUAGGCCUCCACACAGAGCUGCGCCCCCACAGAGCCCCGAGACUCUUGCUGCUUUGGUCACUGACCCCUGGGAGUGCCACCUCAUUAGACGAUAGCUCCAAAGAGCCAUGAAAAUUGGGAAGCUUAUAUACUCUUUUGGGAAACCGAGGGACAGGGAAACUUGACUGAUUGAUUACAUGGCUACAAGGAAAUGGGGGUGUUCAAACUAUACUGACAGGAUAGUUAGGCUUGGGAAAGAACCACAGCCAUAGGUUAGGGUGUAAGGGAAUGGACUACUUACAAUGGACACUAAAAGAGUGGUCCCUGCACAGGUGUGGGUCUUCCUGGGAAAGAAUCUCUAAUACAAUGGGAGAAGCUACUGGGAUAAAAGGAUAUUUUAGCAUUUGAUUAAAAUCUGUUAAUUCCACCUAAGUCCAUUAAAUAUCUUAAGGUCUAUUAUUCAGUCUCAAACUGAGAUUCCCUUCACAGUGGAUUCUCCCGGGAACCAAAGGCAAGCUUUGGGGUCUCCAUCUUUCAAGCUGACUAAACUUGGGAUUCUCUUAGAUUCCAUGUCGACAGAGCAGAGAAGGGAAAGACGAAGAAAAGGCAUCACCGUGAAGAACAAACUAAAAUGCCUGCAGUGUAACGACAGCCGGACCAGGCAGGCAGACCGCUAGUGGACAGCCAGCUACGGGUUCCUCUUUCCUGAGCAGAAAGCCUUCCGAGGACCUAUUCAGACGUUUUGGUCCCUUUCAUAUUCAGAGGAAUAUUUUUGCUAUUAUGGACCAGUAUGGAGAUAUAUCAGAUGGUGAAGUAGACCAUUCAUUCUUUGAUAGUGAUUUUGAUGGAGAAGAAAAGAAAUGUGGAAGCACUUUUUCAGCAGCUGACAAGCAGUUUGACAAAUAUGGAAAAAGAGAAGCAGGUGAAGAAAAUUUAAGUUUUAAAUUGGGUAUACUUAAAAAGGAAGAUCAUCUUAUUGAGAAGAGAAAUGAAAGGAAAGAGAAAAUAACUAAAGAAGCUCCCUCCUUAGAAAACUAUACUGUACAGACUGGAAAAUCAUCCUUAUCAAAUUCAGGAUUGAAGAGCAUAAGUAGUACUUCAUCAGGUGGAAAAAUACAUUUAACCAUCCCUACCAGAAUCCCUAAAAUAGUAAGAGAAGGUGAAGAUAAUUACUAUACAGAUGGAGAAGAGAGUAGUGAUGAUGGGAAAAGACAUCAUCAUAUCAGACCCAAGUCAGCUAAGCCAUCUAAUAAUUUUAAAAAGUGCACAAGUAAAAAAUAUAACAAAAUCAGUUCUUCUUCCUCCUCUUCAUCUUCCUCCUCCUCUUCAUCUUCCUCUUCUUCUACAAGUACAGAUACAGAUUGUUCAGCUACAGAGUCUGAUAUCUGUCUCUCUGAUUCAAUUCAUUCAAAGAAAAAAUCACCUAGUUUAGCUCUGCUGUCACCAAAACAAAAGUGCAAAUCAGAAAAGUUAACAGAAUCAUCAUCCAAAAGGUCUAAACCAAAACUUGGUGAAUUCACAGAGGAAUCUGAAGAUACUGUGACUGAUGUAACUCCUUUAUCAACUCCAGACAUCAGCCCUAUUCAGUCUUUUGAACUGGCUGCAUCAAAUGAUCGGAAAACAAAAGUUAAAAGGCAAGAAAAUGUGAGCCAAGAAGUAUAUGGAAGUUUUGGAGACUCAAAGUAUAAUUCAAAAUAUCUGAAAACAGCCAGAGUAGGGAAAGAAAAAAAUGGAGCCAAUUUCAACUCUAAGUCACUCUCAUUAGAAUCCAACUUGGACAACAGAUAUAAACAAAAAGUCUUACAUGAUACGCUGGACCUGAAUCAGCUUUUGAAAGCUUUUCUGCAACUAGACAAAAAAGAACAACAAAAAUUUAAUGUUGAUCGACCCUCUCCACUACCUAAGAAAAACUACUCUUUUACAAAGGAGGAAGUAAGACAGAUCGAUCGAGAAAAUCAAAGGUUGUUAAAAGAACUAUCCAAGCAGGCUGAAAAACCAAGAGUCAAGAGUACCAUUCCUAGGAAACCUGUUGUUCCACCGCCAAAGUUGUACCACAGUGCUCUCAACAGACAGAAAGAACAGCAAAGGAUUGAGAGAGAGAACUUGGCUUUAUUGAAAAGACUUGAAGCUGUGAAGCCCACUGUUGGUAUGAAACGUACAGAACAGCUGAUGGAUUAUCAUCGCCAUAUGGGCUACCUAAAUGCAUCUCCGGUCUCAAGACGAGUGAAGUCUACUCAUGGUCAGAUUAGCCCACUAAGAGGAGCAUCCAGGUCAUCCAGUGCUACCAGUGCUCUCAGUCGUAAGAGUGAAAGAUCACUUUCUGAUGCUUCCAGUGGCCCUCUGCUGAGACCUAAACCCCCUAAUGUUCGUACUGCUUGGUUAUAAAAAAUUUAUUUUAUUUUGAACAUUGUUAUUACCCAGAUUUCUAUUGAAUUGCUCUUGUAGAUUACUGUAAUUCUCUGUGCAAAAGUCUGUAAUCCUAUUUUAAGUGAUUAAAGUAUACAGCAUUAUAUUAAUUUAUUGUAACUUGACGCAAAAUUUACUUUACAAAGGACAAUUUCAUGUCAAAUCAGUGUUUCCUGUGUGGAUGUAUUUAUCUGAGAUGUAUGUGUAUAUAUAUAUAUACACACACAUGUAUAUUUAAUACAGGGAUGGUAGUAUACAUGUAAAUUUUCUCACCAUAUUAACAAGACAUAAUGUCAUGCUGACAGCAUGGUGGUAUUGCAAUACUUUGGACCCAGGAUUUUUAACUAUUUAGUUCUCUUUUUUUCCAGUAAACUUUAAACCAUGAACAUACCUCCUAAAUUGACUUAUUCAGUGGGCUUCGGGACUUAUGUGAGUGUGAUUUAUGGCUUGAAUUUUAUAAUUGCAGCACUUUGCUAGGUUGAUGGUUUUCAUUAAGAAACAUACCGAAAUUUUCUU